CGAUGGUUAAGCUAAUGCUGAAUAUUGUGAGCCUGCUGCAUUGUCUGGCAUUAGCCCUCAGUCCGCACAUCAUUUUCUACCGGAAUAAGCUUUGCACGCAGCCUCUCUCGUAUGGCGGCUGCCGCAGUAUCCAGAAGCGCUGGUAUCACGAUCCAAGGUCUAAAAGCUGCAAGGUGUUCUACUACAGCGGCUGCGGCGGAAAUUAUAAUCGAUUCAUAUCCAAAACCGUAUGUAUGGAGUACUGCUCGAACCCUUCAAGCCCUUACUCUGUGAAGUAAUCAUAACUAUUCUAUACACUAUUCAAACUCUUAUGCUAUAUAUAACAAACGAAAAAGGUCUAGAGACCUAAAAAAUAAUUCAAAAAUGUGAAUCUGCUGGUGAAUAAAGAAAUAAUGAAAACAAA